AUGUGGUCUUCCUCUUCCACUCAGGACUGGCUCGGAUUUCUUUCCAUUCCUCUCUUCAUGUGUGUCUUGUGUUCGAGUGGUUUAAUCCUUUCUUUGUGUGUUGGAUUUCGAAAUAUGAUUCAAUUUCCAAAACGACAAAAACAACGAAGAAGAAUUCAUCGAAUGGCAACCAUUCGAAACGUUGCUUCAAAUGUCAAUGAAAUUGAAUUGCAUCAAGUGAAAAGUCAAUCUACAAGUGUUGAAGGUGUUGAAGGUAUUGAAGGUGGUGUUGUCACAGUUGAAUCAAGGAUCACAAACAUCCAUUCCAACACGUUAUUUCCAUCAGGAGUGUUAGAGGGAGAUUCCAAUGAACCUUCUGAUGCUUCUACUUCCACAGCAUCGAAUGUUUCAAACAUGUUCGAAAAGGUCCAUCGAACCGUUCGAAAGACAGUUUCUUUUGCGAGUGAUUCAAGUACGAAUCAUAAAGAGAUGUGGGAUGCCAUUACGGUUGGAUCGAAAGAAAUUGAGAGAUCCAAUGCAAACAACCAGUCCAUGCCAACAAAUGACAAUUGUCAACAAGAAGGUGACAGUCAGAGAAUCCAUCAACCACAACAAUUUUCUGAAAUCAUUUCGCAAUGCUGUCCAAGUAUGAAAAGAUUAGAAUCGGAGAGUCAUUUAAAAACCAUUCAUUCAGCUCCUUCCAUAACUUCGAAACCCAUGCUUGAAUUGUAUGCCCCAUUGUUGAUUGUUGUGACGUUGAUGAUCAUUUUGGCAUUAUUGAGUGUUGCCAUUGUGACAGGUGUCACCAUGUAUCAAGUGUAUGAUCUUGAACAACGAAUGAAAACUUUUAAUUUAGAUUAUUCAUCGAGUAAGACGACCAAUAGAAGCAUGAUUGAACCUUAUGGAACAAAGCACUAUGUCGAGAGUUUAAUUUAUCUUUUGGACAAGAAUACUUCGAUUGCACUUGUUGGAUUAUAUACUUCCAAUGUGACCAUGCGAAUGAUUCUAUUUAAGGAAUACUCAUUGUACCAAGAAUUUGAUCGUUCUAGCUCGAUCGAUUACUAUUCAUCUGAUGUUAAAGUCAUCAAUGACACAACAGAAGGAAUGAUUUUAACGAGUUGGAGAUUGUGGGACAAAACGAACAUGUCUGGAAAUGGAAAUCAAAAUUUUACCUUAUUGAUUCAGGUUGAAAAUUCUUCACUCCCUUAUUCGAUUCGUUUGCAUGUGAUGGUUGAAGAUGAACAGUAUUCACUAUCUCGAAAUUUUCUUUCCCUUUUAUGGUUAUUAUUUAUUGAAUUUUUAGUGUGUGUGGUGGCGAGUAAUCAAACAUAUUUAUCCAUGAUUUCAUUUGAUCCAACGAAUCGAGAACAAUUUUUAGAUGAAUGGAUUGCAUUGUUUCAAUGUUGUUCCAAACAGAAUUUAACUCAUUCUGAAAAAGAUGUCACAAUUGAAUUCAAAAAUUUAAGUUUCACAAGUUUUGAAGGUCAGAAAAUUUUGAGAAAUAUUUCAGGAAGAAUUGAAAGUGGGAAAUUGACAGCAGUCAUGGGUUCCACAGGAAGUGGAAAAUCGACUUUCCUCACUGUCCUCUCAAAAAGGGCCUAUUACGGUGUUCAAAAAGGAACUGUUACUUUAAAUGGUAAAAUGUUAACCGAAAGUAUGAAGAAAAUUAUUGGAUUUGUUCCACAAGAUGAUAUCAUGAUUAGCUCUCUUCAAGUUUGGGAAACUUUAAUGUUUAGUGGAAUUUACAGAAGUAUGACCAAUUUCUUUUAUCCAUUAGUGAAACGUGUCAAAGAGACAGCAUCCAUGUUGAAUAUCAAAUACAAAUUGUUUAGUACGAUUGGAGAUGUGAAUCAGAAAGUUUUGAGUGGAGGAGAAAAGAAGAGACUCAAUGUAGGAAUUGAAAUGAUUAAUGAUUCUCCAAUUUUGUUAUUGGAUGAACCAACGAGUGGUCUGGACUCGAAACAAUCUCUCUUACUUUGUAACAUUUUGGCCAAGAAAAAGGAAGAAGGAACAAAUAUUAUUUGUGCCAUUCAUCAACCUUCGGCUGAAAUUUAUUCACUCUUUGACGAUUUGAUUUUGUUUGAUCACGGACAAAUGAUUGCUCAUGGAGAUGCCCAAAAAAUUGCCGAAAUUUGUGCGCGGGAUAUCUUGAAGCUCCCUCCGAGAAAAGAAUUUAAUGAAGACGAACCAUCUCUAGAAUCCCAACAUUCAACAUGGCAUUCCGAUUUCAAUAAUCCAGGUGACCAUGUCAUUGCUGCUCUCGAAGUCAUGAACGAUGAACAACGAACAAUUCUUUCAAAAGUACCUCCCUCUUUGAGCAAGUUCAAACUUCAACAACGAGGAGGAGAAGAAGGAGGUCUCUAUCAAAGUGAAAUGGCCACUUCCAUCUCCGUUCCGACUGUUCCCUUCUACAUGCAAGCCAUGGCCUUCUUUCUGAGAGGUCUCUUCCUUCUCUUUCAUGAAUUUUCCUUCCUCAUUGACCUUCUCAUCAAUGCCAUUAGUGGUCUCUUCAUUGGAGCUGUUUUUACAGGAAAUUUGACGUAUUCAGGUCAAAGUGAGAAGAGUAUUGCCAAACAGUGUCCACUCAUUCUCUAUGAGGAUUGUUCGGAACCAACUCAAGAUGACAUUUCUUCCUUUGUCUUGUUGGGUGUCUUUGCCAUUGGUUUGUCCUCUAUUUUGAGUUCAUUGAGUGUCUUUGGAAAGGAGAAGGUCGUUUUUCGAAGAGAAUCUCAAACAGGUCUUAAUACGUUGGUUUAUUUUGUGGUGAAGGAUGUGCUCUAUCUCAUUCCAAUGGUUUGUGCUUCAUUGUUGUAUACACUUGCAGAGUAUCUCUUAAUUUCACCAAAAGGAUCCUUUUGGGAACAUUUUGGUGUCUUUUUCUUGAUUGCUUUCACGACCUAUCCAUUGGGAUUUAUCAUUUCGAUUUGUUUGAAAAGUGACUUGGCUCAAAUUGCAAGUGCCAUUGUACUCUUUUUGUGUUAUUUAUUUUCUGGAUUGUCACCAAGUUUGAGUGAUAUGAGUCAAAUGAAACUCCCUUAUCCCUUCAUUCCACAUUUAUCCUUCCUUAGAUACGCCAAUGAAAUUAUGUAUUUGAAUGAGAUUAAGUAUUACACGAAAUAUUCGAAAAGUGUUGAAUUGAAAGGAUAUAUUCAGGAAAUGUUAGGAGUGAAUAUUGCUCUUUUGAUUUCAUUUGGAGUGUUUUUCCAUGUGGUAGCAGCUCUGUGUUUGUGGCAAUCGGUUCCUGGAUCGUUUGUAUCGACUUGGUACAAUCAUGUGAAAAGUCAAUGGACGAGUGUGUGGAGUGGAUUGCAACAGGCAUUCGUAAGAAUGAGAGAGAAGAAGAACAAGCAAUAA